CUCAGACAUUUAGCAGUUGUAUGAUCUUGGGCAAGUCACAUAACUACUGUCUGCCUCAGGAAAAUGCAGCUAAUAGAAGCUAUCUCCCAGGUCUCCUGUGAGGAUCAAAUGAGACACCAUUUGCAAACCUAUGAAAAAGGAAGGAAAAAAAGAUUGCUGCUGUUCAGUCCUGUACUACUAUGUGUGACUCCAUUUGGGAUUUUCUUGGAUACUUUAGUAGUUUGCCAUUUCCUUCUCCAACUCAACUUACUGAUGAGCAAACUGUCAAACAAGAUUCAACUUAGAUACUACUGACCCAACACUCUACCCACUGUGUCAUUAAUUAGAUCAUUAUUUGCCUCAUAUUUGCCAAAAUUAUCUUGUUUUUACUUUGUGUAUAUAUUUUCUUCAUUCAUUUAUAUGUGCACGUUUCUUCCUGACAGUAUAUAAACGACUCGAAGUCAGACUUUCAUUUUUGUCAUCCUAUCCCAAUGAUCUAGAACAGUGGUUGUUACAUCCUAAGUGCUUAAUAAAAGAUGCAGAGGGAAGGUUCCAGGAUAACGCUUAAGGUAGAGAAUAUAUGUAUGCAUAGGUGCAUUCAGGCAUACACACAGCAGCAAGGGGAGGUGGUUAGAGAUGACUAAAGGGAAGCUUGUAUGUGCUCGUUCUACCCCGCUUGGUCAAAGCCUAGGUCUCCUGCGUCUUUUGUUUCCCGGCCAGCCACAGCUUGGUCAGAUGCUAUUCCCGGGAGUAAAUAUGGGAUGGGGGAGACCAGACGUACCCGGUUCAUCAGUUACGUCUGAGUGGAAUUUUGUCUAAAUUACCCCGCGAGAAGAAGCCGCAGGACGUGCACGGGCACCCGGAAGGUGGAGAUGUGGGGGAGAGGUCCAAAUCCAGCAGACAGACGGUCCUCCACCAGUGCAUGAACUCGGGGCUCCCUCUGGGCCCCUGUCUUUGGGCGAGCACAGUGCAGUCCCACGUGAGCCCGCCUCCGCCGCCGCCAUCUUUCUGCGGGGCCGGGCUUCAGUCCGGGCUGCGGGAGCAGCUGCGGGGUUUCCCCGAUGGAGCCGCGGCCGCCUUUGCGGCUGCUGCUGUGGCUGCUGCUGCUGCUCCCGGCGACUCGGGGCAGUCGGAGGGAUUCAGGUCCAAAGUGGAAAGGAUUUAUUGACCAAAUUAACAAAUCUGUAGAGAACUACCAGUCAUGUUCAAAAGGAAACUGCAGUUGCCACCUUGGGGUCAUGGAGAAAGAUCUGGCCCCCUUCCAAGGAGGCAUUUCCAAAGAGAUGAUGGCCAAUGUGGUUAACCGGAAACUAGGGACGCACUAUCAGAUUAUCAAGAAUGAACUAUACAGAGAACAUGAUUGCAUGUUCCCUGCAAGGUGUAGUGGUGUGGAACACUUCAUUUUGGAAAUUAUUAACCACCUUCCUGACAUGGAGAUGGUGAUCAAUGUACGGGAUUAUCCUCAGAUUCCUAAGUGGAUGGAACCUAUCAUUCCAGUCUUCUCCUUCAGCAAGACUUCUGAGUACCAUGAUAUCAUGUAUCCUGCAUGGACAUUUUGGGAAGGGGGACCUGCUGUUUGGCCAAUUUAUCCUACGGGUCUUGGGCGAUGGGAUCUUUUAAGAGAAGAUCUUGCAAGGUCUGCAGAGAAGUGGCCAUGGGAAAAGAAAGUAUCAAAAGGAUACUUUAGAGGAUCUAGGACAAGUCCAGAGCGAGAUCCCUUAAUUCUUCUAUCUCGGGAAAAUCCAGGACUCGUUGAUGCAGAAUACACUAAAAAUCAGGCCUGGAAAUCUGAAAAAGAUACUCUUGGAAAACCACCUGCUAAGGAAGUCGCACUUGUGGAUCACUGCAAAUACAAAUACCUUUUUAAUUUUCGGGGUGUAGCUGCAAGUUUCCGGUUCAAACACCUUUUUCUGUGUGGCUCACUAGUCUUCCAUGUAGGUGAAGAAUGGCAAGAAUUCUUCUAUGCACAGCUAAAACCAUGGGUUCAUUAUAUCCCAGUCAAUACAGAUCUAUCCAAUGUCAGGGAACUCCUACAAUUUGUGAAAGAAAAUGAUGAUCUAGCCCAUGAGAUUGCUGAGAGGGGGCGACAAUUUAUCAUCAACCACUUGAAGAUGGAUGACAUUUCCUGUUACUGGAAGAUUUUGUUGACUGAAUAUUCUAAAACCUUGUCCUACAAAGUGAAGAAAAAGAAAGAUUAUAGCAAAAUUUCCCCUAAACCUUUGAAAACAGAACUUUAAAAACUACUGUGAUCCUCAUGGAAGAGGGACUUCAUUUAGAAAUCUUUGUGAUAAGAUGCAGAGUAUUUCAUUUAUUUGAAUGAAAUUAUACUUGUCUGUGGUAACUUGUGUCUUAUAAGACUCUGUCAUCUAAUUCUGACCAAAUAACUGGUCUCCCUUAUCUUUCUAUAAUGAGAGACUAGAAAGAUCCAAACUUGCCGAGUCACACAUCAAUAGAACGGAUUUUAGAAGACAGAUUUGUUAUCAGAGAAUCUAGUAUAUAAUCCUGGCUCUGUUGGACAAGUUAUUAAGCUUUCUAGGCCUUGGUUUUCUUAUUUAUAAAACAAAAAUGUUAAACUAGAGGCUCUUGAAGAAGGUCUCUUUUAGCGCUAGUUUAUGAUCAUAUAAAUAGCUUUUUUUUUUUUUUUUUUUUUGCUUUACACUAAAUAUCAACUAAAAAUCAGACUGUGAGUUUUUAUGUCUGUGUCUUGGAUUAGCUUUGUACAAUCUAUGCCUCUUUUUACUUAUCUAUGUAAGAAUCAUGCUAGUUAUAUAUGUGAUCACUGUGAAAUGAAUAAUAUCUUUUUAGAUCUUUUGGGUAAAUUAUCUAGAUGAAACAAGUUGUCAUUUGGAAACAUCAUAGGUUCUGUCUCUGGAAUUCACUGUUUCCUAGGUUUGAGCCUGCUAGCUAAUUUUAAUUGAUGUAUAUAAAAUAUUUAGGGAUCAUUUACUGAAAGAUCCAUGGGAACAGAAAGAUGUGUCAUGCAAAUUUUUUUACUUUUUAAAAAAAUAUAUAAAUUUUUUUGUACUUGGGUAAGAAAGAUUUUAUAUUUUUGUGUUAAAUGGAACCAAUUCUUAAUUAUUGCAAUUGGACUUCUAACUUCACUUCUAGUCUUCUCAUAGCACAUUUUAUUGAAUUUAUUCACUCAAAUUAACAUGAAUUUGUUAAGCACUACUAUAUAUUAGCUACUGUGCUAAGCAUUGGGGAGAUAAAUAAAAGCAAAAACAAUCCUUGCCUUAAAGCAGUUUAUAACACAUAUUUAAAUAGGUACAUAAAUACAGAUAUAGAGUAGAUGAAAGGUAACUUUAGAGGCAAAGGCUACAGCAAUUCAAAACAAUUUCAAAAAGCUAUCUGUAUUUGCAUCUUUUUUAAAAAGGUAGCAGAAGCUAUAUAUGCAAAACACACAAAUCUUUACUACUUACUGGAAUUGACACUAGUAAGAAUUAUAAUGAGUAUAUAUUUUGUGUGUAACACCAGUAAUACACUUAAAUAAAUAUUGCCAGCUGAAAUUUGUGGCACUUG